UAAGGUCAGCCACGCUUUAAAAGCCGCUCGGUUGUAAACAAUAAGAAUAAUAAUUUCACCCGCCGUUUGGAUGUUGUGUACCAGGAUGUUGAUGUUUGGUUCCAUCCUCACACUAUGCAUCAGUGCAGUGCUCACUGCUCCAAGAUUAUUCGACCAGCAGUUGGAAAACCACUGGCACAUGUGGAAGAGCUGGCAAGGAAAGAAAUAUAAUGAGAAAGAGGAAGGCUUGAGGAGAAUGGUGUGGGAGAAGAACUUUAGAAAAAUUGAGCUGCACAACCUUGAGCACUCUGUGGGCAAACACUCCUACCUACUGGGCAUGAACCAAUUUGGUGAUCUAACAAAUGAAGAGUUCAGGCAGGCAAUGAAUGGUUACAAGCACAACCCCAGAAAGAAAUCAAGGGGCUCUUUGUUUAUGGAGCCCAACUUUGACACUCCCCAACAGGUUGACUGGAGAGAGAAGGGCUAUGUCACCCCUGUCAAAGACCAGGGUUGGUGUGGUUCUUGCUGGGCUUUCAGUUCUACAGGAGCCUUGGAGGGCCAGCUGUUCCGUAAAACGGGUAAGCUGGUUUCUCUGAGUGAGCAGAACUUGAUGGACUGUUCCAGGCCAGAGGGCAAUCAAGGCUGCAAUGGAGGCUUCAUGGACCAGGCCUUCCAGUAUGUACAGGACAACAAUGGACUUGAUUCUGAGGAGUCCUACCCCUACCUUGCAAUGGAUGAUCAGCCAUGCCGCUAUGACCCCAGUUACAGUGCUGCUAAUGACACUGGAUUUGUGGACCUUCCCAGUGGUAAAGAGCAUGCUCUGAUGAAGGCUGUUGCGGCUGUUGGUCCUAUAGCUAUUGCUAUUGAUGCUGGUCAUGAAUCCUUCCAGUUCUACCAAUCUGGCAUCUAUUAUGAAAAGGCGUGCAGCAGUGAAGAGCUUGACCAUGGAGUCCUGGUUGUUGGUUAUGGAUUUGAAGGUGCUGAUGUUGCAGGAAGGAAAUACUGGAUUGUGAAGAACAGCUGGACUGAGAAGUGGGGUGACAAAGGUUACAUCUACAUGGCAAAGGACCUAAAUAACCAUUGUGGCAUUGCAACAUCAGCCAGCUAUCCCCUGAUGUAAUACCAUUUAACAGUUUUCUGCAUUCUAGAAGUGCUAGGAAUUUUUUUUUUUUUUUUUUUUUUUUUACAUUUUAUUUCUGGUUUUAGUUUGACUACCUGCUGUAAUUUUGUUUUAAUGCGUUUUAGGACUUUAAGAGUAACUAUUUUUGCCGUUCUUUGAACAAGGACUUUUCUACAAAUACGUGCAUCUAUGCACUUCUGUUUACACUUCCAUUUUUAAUACUGCAAAACUUUUCUAUUGUGCAUGCAUAACUAUAUUCCAGGGCCCGUAUCCCUAAAGAUUCUGAGAAUCCUCUCAGAGAGCUCCUAACUUAGCCUAAAAAUUCCUUGCCAGGAGUUUUAGCUUAGUGAUUCCAGAACAUUUUCAGUGAACUCUGAGCAAGGAAUGGAUGGAAAAAUCCUAUCUUAGUGAGGAGGUGUGGUUGACCCCAUUGCUAGGUAUGAGUAAUUUCAAAAGACGUGAUUGGUUGAUCCUACAAGUUUGAUGAAAAUGAUCUUUUGGUGAUAAUGAGCAAAGGAUGUACCCUCAAAUCAAUAAACUUAAUUAUACACUCUAAUCUUAUGCAGACUGUAAUUGUAAAUAUUUCACAUUCAAGAAAAUAUCUGGAAAAUGAAUAGUAAGCUGUAGGGGUUAUAGCCUAACAUUAGAAUCUAAAAUAUGUGACAACUUAAGCUCAUUACACCCUGUUCAAAUAAUGAUUUGUGUCUUAUUUGCUCAUAUUAAUAUCCUAGCAGGCAUAUUUUGUACUUUCACUCCUAUAUGGAACCCAUUGAAAACAAGAUGGCCUAUCUCAAGGGGCUGUCCUUAAUGAAGUAGAAAUUGCAACGUUACAACUCAGUGUGGUCUUAACGAGGGUAACACGGCUCAGCUUUUAUCAAUGUCUGUGAUUGCUGGCUGGUCUAUUUAUGAAGGCUUGUUAACAAAUAUCCUACAAACACAGAAAAUGGAGAAAAAAAGGAAUCGCAAGCCCAACUGGCCUGAGGAGCAAGGUUUGUUGCUGGCCCAGUUUGUGAACGAACAUAAAGGUAUGUUACGAGGAAAAUUUGGCCCAACUGUCACUAGCCAAGGCAAGAGGCGCACCUGGGACACAAUAUCCCAAACAAUCAAUGCCUCUUUUCCACUGGUGGCGCGGACAGGCGACGAUUGUGAGAAAAGGUGGUAUGUGCUGCAGUCCAAGGCAAAAGAUGAGAUUGCAGCACAAGCGGGAAUCCUCACUCACAGGUGAGCAAAAUACUAUAGCCUACCGCAUAAUCUGGCAACUUGCUCCUGCUGGCAAAGUUAAUUUACAUGCCUAAGUACUGUGUUCAUUGACCGUUUCUUUCUAGGGGGUGGACCACCUGCAGCUGCUACUCAGGAUAGCCCGGCGGAUCAAACACCAUUCCCAUCCGCAGCACCUGCUCCGUCAGCAUCCCUGCAGGAGAGAAGAUUGCAACUCACAAUUUGAUGUGUUUGAACAACAAAAAGUCCUUUCCCUUCAGGAGUACUACCGCCUUAAAAUUGAACACCUAAAAAAUAAACCAUUUAGAGAUUGUGUUCUGUGUCUUGCAUUUAACAAUUGCAGGUGAUGUGCAGUAAAACUGUGGUAGUUCUUAAUACCAUCACAAGUUCUCAAAUGACAUGGGGCUACAGCUUGUCUGAAAUGUAAAUUUGUGAAGUUUGCCCUGUAAGGCAGUCCAC